AGGAAGUCUUCACUGUUUUCACUUUCACGUCUCUUCUGAAGUGCUCACAACUUAAAAAUCUUUCCCUCUGCCUCCUUCUGGGUUUCAGCGCCUUCUUCAUGGCGUCGGCUCUAGAAGACGAUCUCUCGUGCCCGGUGUGUUGCGAGCUUUAUCAGGAUCCUCAGCUCCUCUCCUGUGGACACACUUUCUGCCGACAGUGCCUGAAAAAGCACUGGAAUGUAAACACUGCUCGGACAUGUCCCGUGUGUCGCGGUGUGUCUCUGCAGGAACCCGUGUCCAACCUGGCUCUGAGGAACACCACCGAGUCCUAUCAGAGGGAGAAAGAAAGGGAGAGGAAGGAGAGAGAGCGUGACAGUGAAGUCAGAUGUUCUGAACAUGGAGAGAAAGUCCAGUUCUUCUGCAAAACUGAUAAUGAGGUCAUGUGUUCAAAGUGCAGGAAAGAACGCCACGCAUCGCACAGAGUUCAGCCUCUCAAAUAUGCUGUACAACAACACAAGGACAGAGUUAAAGCUGCGCUCCGUCCAGCUGAAAAAGCUCUGCAAUCUCUAAAGAAAGGCACGAGUCAGAACGCUCAAAUUGCCAAGUACAUUCAGUCUCAGGCCCAGCAGGCAGAGAGGCAGAUAAAAGCAGAAUUUGAGAAAUUUCACCAUUUCCUCAGAAAGGAGGAGGAGGCCAGGAUGGCAGCACUGAAGAAAGACGUGGAGAAAAAGAGAGGGAAGGUGGAGGAUAAGAUAGAACAAGAGAUACUGUUUCUUUCUGACAGAGUGAGGGAGGUGGAAGAAGAAAUGGAGACUGAGGACGCCACAUUUUUGCAGAAUUAUAACUUUGUACUGCAGAGAGCUCACCGCACAAUGUUGGCUUCAGAGUUACAUUCAGAAAAUCUCAUCAACAUGGCUGAUCAUGUGGGGAAUCUGGGAUACCGAGUGUGGGAGAAGAUGACGGACAUUUUCCUUUACCAUCCGGUCCUCCUGGAUCUGAACAGUGCUCCUGAGGAUUUUUUCAUAUCAGAUGACCUGGCGAGUGUAAGAAAGUCAUCCAAAAUCCGGCCGAACCCUAUUCCAUUUCAUGGGAACCGUUUGGUGCUGGGAUCUGAGGGAUACAGUGACGGCUACCACUGCUGGAACAUCGAGGUGGGAGACAGUAGGCACUGGACUCUCGGUGUGUGUCAACGCUCAGCAGACUUGAAUUUGGCAAAGCGUUUGACUGCAGAAAUGGGCUUCUGGGGUCUCACAAGAAAAGGGGAGUCUUACAUGCUCCUGACAUCCUACAAAUACUCGUUCAGGAUACGCAAAAAGCCAAGAACAGUGCAGGUGCAACUGGGAUGGUGGUAUACCUUAGGCAACCUGAAGAUAAGUCGGAUGGUGAGAUUUGUGGAUGUCAGCGAUGGAUCUGUGAUUGCGUGUUAUACUGGAAUUCCCAGUGGUGUGCUGUUGUUCCCGUUCCUGAUCCCAGAAGAACGUCAUUCUCAUCUGCGCAUUACUCCUGAUAAUCCAGCCAUGGUCAUACAGCACACAUUUAUAGAGAGACAAGAAAGUCAGAUCCCUGUUUACCUCAUAUAUUUGUUCUUAGGGGGUUGUAUCAUUUACAUAUUAUUGUUUGGAGUGAGUGAAAAAAUGCAUGAGUGAGUGAGUAAAUGAGGGAGUGUGAGAGUAAAUGACUGAGUGAGAGAGUGAGUAAGCAAAUGAGUAAAUGAGUGAGUAAAUGAGUGAGUGAGUGAGUAAAUGAGUGAGUGAGUGAGUAAAUGAGUGAGUGUGUGAGUGAAUGAGUGAGUGAAUGAAUGAGUGAGUGAGUAAAUGAGUGAGUGAGUGAGUGAGUGAGUGAAUGAAUGAAUGAGUGAGUGAGUAAAUGAGUGAGUGAGUGAGUAAAUGAGUGAGAGCGUGAGUGAGUGAAUGAAUGAGUGAGUGAGUAAAUGAGUGAGUGAGUGAGUAAAUGAGUGAGUGAGUGAGUGAGUGAGUGAGUGAGUAAAUGAGUGAGUGAGUGAGUGUGUGAGUAAAUGAGUGAGUGAGUGAGUAAAUGAGUGAGUGAGUGAGUGAGUGAGUGAGUAAAUGAGUGAGUGAGUGAGUGAGUGAGUAAAUGAGUGAGUGAGUGAGUAAAUGAGUGAGUGAGUGAGUGAGUGAGUAAAUGAGUGAGUGAGUGAGUGUGUGAGUAAAUGAGUGAGUAAAUGAGUGAGUGAGUGAGUAAAUGAGUGAGUGAGUGAGUAAAUGAGUGAGUGAGUAAAUGAGUGAGUGUGUGAGUGAAUGAGUGAGUGAAUGAAUGAGUGAGUGAGUAAAUGAGUGAGUGAGUGAGUGAGUGAGUGAAUGAGUGAGUGAAUGAAUGAGUGAGUGAGUGAGGAAAUGAGUGAGUGAGUAAAUGAGUGAGUGAGUGAGUGAGUGAGUGACUGAAUGAGUGAGUGAAUGAAUGAGUGAGUGAGUGAGUAAAUGAGUGAGUGAGUGAGUAAAUGAGUGAGAGAGUGAGUGAGUGAGUGAAUGAAUGAGUGAGUGAGUAAAUGAGUGAGUGAGUGAGUAAAUGAGUGAGUGAGUGAGUGAGUGAAUGAAUGAGUGAGUGAAUGAAUGAGUGAGUGAGUGAAUGAAUGAGUGAGUGAAUGAAUGAGUGAGUGAGUGAAUGAAUGAGUGAGUAAAUGAGUGAGAGAGUGAGUGAGUGAAUGAAUGAGUGAGUGAAUGAAUGAGUGAGUGAGUGAGUGAGUGAAUGAGUAAAUGAGUGAGAGAGUGAGUGAGUGAGUGAAUGAAUGAGUGAGUGAGUGAGUGAGUGAAUGAAUGAAUGAAUGAGUGAGUGAGUGAAUGAAUGAGUGAGUAAAUGAGUGAGAGAGUGAGUGAGUGAGUGAAUGAAUGAAUGAGUGAGUGAGUGAAUGAAUGAGUGAGUAAAUGAGUGAGAGAGUGAGUGAGUGAGUGAAUGAAUGAAUGAGUGAGUGAGUGAAUGAAUGAGUGAGUAAAUGAGUGAGAGAGUGAGUGAGUGAGUGAAUGAAUGAGUGAGUGAAUGAAUGAGUGAGUAAAUGAGUGAGAGAGUGAGUGAGUGAGUGAAUGAAUGAGUGAGUGAAUGAAUGAGUGAGUGAGUGAGUGAGUGAAUGAGUGAGGGAGUGAAUGAUUAAAAAAAGACAUGCAACAUUGUGAAAAAUUGCCAUGAACUAACUCUUGUUUAUGUUAAAAGCCGCUUCUAAUGCAAUACAAAACAUUGAAUAUUUCAGUAUUUUUUCAGAAAAUAUGGUAAAAUUGUUCAUUGUACAUAAAUAAACCUAAAUCAAUCAUUUAGGUCUUUUACAGAAACUAGACAGCUAGUUAAGCUAAGGACAGAACAGCACAGACCUACUAUUUUCUCAGAUUGCUCUGGAGUCCCCCUACAAGCCAUAAUACAGUGUGCUUAUUGUUUUAUUUUCUUUAAGUCAUGCUAAUUUAAAUGUGGAUUUUAUGCCUAUACCAAUAUAACCGUCCAAACACUAAACCAAAGAAAGACCCAAGAUUCAGCCAGACAGAUUGUGGACUCUAAAAUUUUAUAAAAUAAAAUAACUAUGUUUUAUUAAAUUGCCAAAAUCGGAUGGUUGGUAAACAAAGAAACAAACAAAUCAUUCAAUUAUUGUUUAAAUUUACACAACGACUUUUCAAAUGAAAGCUUGCUUUACAAAGUAGAGAAUUACACAAGCAAAAAAAUAAAGCUUUAGCCUUAGCGUAUUUUGAAAGGUUAUGCAUUUGGCAUAUUUGCUACACAUUCUGUACAGUGAGAAAAGUGACUGAGGUACAGUGUUUCAGGUAACUGUAAAAAUGUCCUUCAUUAAAACAGCAGAGAGAGUGGU